CGGGGGCGGGGCCGGGGGGGCUGCAGCAGCCGGGAGCCGCCGCAGCUGGCGGGCCAGGCUCCUCCUGUCACAGCCCAGCCUGGAGGGAGCCGCAGCGCCGGGGCUGGUACAUCCGCGGCGAGCCUGGGGAGAGCGCCGAGCCGAGCGGGGGGGCCCGGCUGAGAGCGGGGAGCUCAGGUUCGCCUGCCCGGCUCCAAGCCCGGCGAGGCGAGCUGGCGGCCGGAACGCGCGGGGCAGGGAGCUCGCCGGGAGCCGCGGCCAUGGCUCUGCCUGCGGGGCUCUGGGCAGCCUGGAUCCAGCUGGUGCUGAGCGCUGGAGCCGCCAGCCAGGCGCUGGGCAUGGUGGGGACAUCUGUGUCCGAGCCCCAGGUGGCCGUGUUCUGUGGGAAGCUGACCAUGCAUCGAAACCUGCAGACAGGCAGGUGGGACCCCGAUGCUGCUGGUGCCCGCAGCUGCUUCCGCAGCCGCCAGGAGAUUCUCGCCUACUGCCAGGAGGUGUACCCUGAGCUGCAGAUCACCAAUGCGGUGGAAGGCACCCAGCCAGUCACCAUUGACAACUGGUGCAAGAAAGGACGUCCCCAGUGCAAGGGGCAUCGGCACAUUGUGGUCCCCUACAGGUGCCUGGUGGGUGAGUUUGUCAGUGAAGCUCUUCUUGUGCCUGACACCUGCAAGUUCCUGCACCAGGAGAAGAUGGACUCAUGUGAGAGCUACAUCUACUGGCAUGGCGUGGCCAAGGAGGCCUGCAGCAGUGAGGGGCUGGAGCUGCACAGCUAUGGGAUGCUGCUGCCCUGUGGGGCUGACCGCUUCCGGGGCGUGGAGUACGUGUGCUGUCCCUCACGCCCCCUCCUUCUCCGGCUGGAGGAGCCCACCCCAGUCCCCCGCAACAUGGCCCAUCUGAAGGAAGAGCCCAAGCGCAGUGAGAGGCUCCCAACGGGCCGCGCCCCCACAGAAGAGGAGACGCUGGAGGCAGAGGGGGAUGGGGAGGAGGAUGUUGAGGAGGAGGAAGAGAACCAAGGCCCCAGGGACAGCGCAGCUGACACCGACCCUUUCCCCGCCACCUGGGAUGACUAUUUUGUGGAGCCCGGUUACUACGAUGACAGCAUCACCCCGACCACCAUCACCACCACCACGCGGAGCACCGAGGAGGAGGGCAAAGCCACUCCUACCCCACGCCCCACAGAUGGCGUGGAUAUCUAUUUCGAGAUGCCAGGCGACGGGAGUGAACAUGCCAACUUCCUGCGAGCCAAGAUGGACCUAGAGGAGCGCAGGAUGAAACAAAUUAAUGAGGUGAUGAAGGAGUGGGCCGAGGCAGACAACCAGGCCAAGGAGCUGCCCAAGGCUGACCGGCAGGCGCUGAAUGAGCAUUUCCAGUCCAUCCUGCAGACGCUGGAGGAGCAGGUGGCGGGCGAGAGGCAGCGGCUGGUGGAGACACACCUGGCCCGGGUGGUGGCCCUGCUGAAUGACAAUCGGCGCGUGGCACUGGAGAGCUACCUGAGCGCUGUGCAGAGCGACAGCCCACAGCCAGAGCGGGUGCUGCAGGCGCUGAGGCGGUACGUGCGGGCGGAGCAGAAGGACCAGCGGCACACGCUGCGGCACUACCAGCAUGUCUGCGCCGUCGACCCCGAGAAGGCCGAGCAGAUGAAGUUCCAGGUGUACACCCACCUGCACGUCAUCGAGGAGCGCAUGAACCAGAGCCUGGCCCUGCUCUACAAGAACCCUCGGCUCUCCACGGGACUGCGGGACCAGAUACAGGAGCUGCUGCGGGCAGAGACCAGCAGCCUGCUCACCACGUCCAUCUCCGAGACACACACCACUGAGGAGUUCCUGCCACUGGACAGCAGUGAGGACCUGAGCCCCGAGGACCAUCCUGACCACCUGGGGACCGAGGACCUCUUCCAGGGGGAAGACUCCCAGCCAGUCGAGAAGAAAGCCUCGGGGAUGGUGGCGGAGUAUGACUACCUCACCAGCGAGAAGACCCCCUUGGGCGAGGAUGAGCAGAGGGUAAACAUUUCCAUGGGGGACAUCAAGGAAGUGGUGUACAAGUCCCCGGAGAUCCAGCGCGACGAGCUGGAGCCGGACACCCUGGUAACCAUUAACAGGGGUGCCCUGAUUGGCCUGCUGGUGGUGGCGGUGGCAGUCGCCAUGGUGAUCAUCAUCAGUCUCUUGAUGGUUCGCCGGAAGCCCUAUGGGACCAUCAGCCACGGCAUUGUCGAGGUGGACCCCAUGGUGAGUCCCGAGGAGCGGCAGCUCAGCAAGAUGCAGAACCACGGCUACGAGAACCCCACCUACAAAUUCUUCGAGGAGAUGCACUGAGAGGCCGACUGCACCAUGGGCGGGAGGGGUAGUGGGGGGGACACGGCGUGAAGCAUUCACAAACCACUACCCCUCCCCCAACACUGACAGGAGAGGAUUAAACCCGCUUCCCCCACCAUGCCUUCCUGUCCCAUCUCCCCUUUGCCCACUGCCCCCCACAAUGCUACCCACCCCCCCCAGUGUGUCUCCCUCCAGUGUUUUCCCAGCCCCUGACAACCCUACCCCUAGUGCUUCCCCCAGCCCCUUUCCCCCUCCCCUGUCCUGGUUUCUAAACAAUCCACUCAACCCCCAUGGAAUCAUGUCCCUACAACGAGGAGGGCUUUGCGUGGGCUGUGGGGGUCGAUCCCAUCAACUGGGCUGUGGGGGGUUCAGGGAGGUGUUUUUUCUAGGUGUUUCUAAUGUGUGUGCGUGCACACAGCACCCCAGCUGCACACAGCACCCCAUCAACGUUCACCCACUCGCACGGGCAACGCUGAGCCCUAUGCUCACACAACGCAGACAUGGCACCAUAACCUACACCCAACCCUGCACACAGCAACACUUGCAUCCAAAUCCACGUGCUGUUAGCUCACCACCUGGCUGUUAGGUGCACCCAUAUUACGCCCCCCCCUUCGCUAGCUGUACUUAGUAUCAGAGGGGUAGCCGUCUUAGUGUGUAUCCACAGAAACGAGGAGGCCAGUGGCACCUUAAAGACUAAUA